UUUUUCUUAAUCCCUUCUACCGAUCCAUGAACAACUCCUGUUCUCGACGAACCCAAAAUUAGGUGGUGUUGUGCCCGGUAACUGUCGCUGCCCCUACCGGUCUUCCAAUUUUUUCCUAAGAUUUUCUUUUCAACCUCAUAAACUUUAAAAUUCAAUAACCAAUGUAGAUAUUUUUUCCUCUUCCCAAUCAGCAAAAUGCUUAUUGAAAUAAAAUUCAACAGAUUUCUUUGAUCACGUGACUUCAACAGCGUAAAACACUCUCCAACACGCGACAGAUCACUUUUCAUCUUUUUGAUUAUCGAUGGCGUUAAAUUCUCGAACUCUAAAUCGAUAGAAAACGACUACUUUCAAGAGCCGGUCCCUCAUGGAAGAAAGUGAUAAAAGGAUCGGUAAUGGUGGGGAAACCUCUUCGAGGGUUUCAGCUGAUUCACCCUCUUGGUUGUUUGCUAGCAGGCAAAGGUUCGCCAUUGAGCUCAGGCCCGGUGAGACCACGAUUGUUUCUUGGAAGAGGCUAGUCAAAGAUGCUCAAAACGCGUCUCCUCCUUUGACUGCGCCGAAGACCGAAGAUUCUAUGGAUGAAUGUUUUCAAGACAGCAAGUCUACAGUUAAACAGAAUGGACUACUUGUAAACUCUGAGAAAUUGGAAUGCAUAAACGAACCUGUAUUAUCAGUGGCUCAACAAUCAAGAAAACGGACUAAAGAUAUGGCCAAAUCUCAAGGAGAGAAAGUUGAUGGUCAUCUACCAAGUAAACAUGUGAAAGUGGAACAGGGGAGGCUAAAUUUUGCUGCUACCAACUCUUUGCUUCAAGAAGAAUCUUCCGUUCUCUUGCAGAACUUAGCUGAUAUUAGUCAACAUGAUCAGAAAUUGCAUAAAAUGUUGAAUUCUUCUGUAAGAUCUUCGAUUAAGAAACCUGCUAACAUUGGAACUAAGUCUGAGCACUCGUCACAAACUGGAAUCUCAAAUGAUGAUGAUGCUUCUAUAUCUCCACAAAAUUCAAAGGAUACUGAUAGCUAUAACAAUGUAAUCAUCCACCCUAGCAAUAUAGGAAAUUAUACAAACUCUUUAGCAACACACCAGAAUUAUCUGGAAAAAAAUUAUAGUAAACAACUUGAGUCUCCGUUGAGCGAGCUGAUGGUUGAUGAGAAUGAGGAAGGAAUUUCCGCCAAAGUAGAACAGAGGGAGAGGAGGGCAGCAUUUGGUGAACUGCCAGAUCUUAAUCUUCCUGUUUAUCCAGUUCAACCCGAGGUCUUGAUCUCAUUCCAUGAUUAACUGAGCUACUUCUUCUUCUGAUGCAUACGUAUAUAUACAUGUCCGACCAUAGUCUGUAUUACUGGAUGGCUUUGGCAUUGUCUUUAGUGCUGAUGCAGCUGCUGGAGGUAGUUGUGCAUCUUGCUUGAUUGACUAUACAUAAUGAGGUGAUGGAUUGACUUACAUUUUCUGUAGUUAAACUUGGCUGUAGAAGAUACUUUAUCUGCGGUUGACUAAAAGUUUCAAGUAUUGGAUUAAAUCUCUCGAGUAUGUAAACUUGUAGUAAUUUUGAAGUGGGAGAAAGGUAACAAAUGAUCUAUAUUAAGUUCUUGGCUGAUUUGUGGUUCA